AUGUUUCCUAUCCGACAAAUUGUUGAAAAAUUAUGCAUUAUUUUAACUAUUAUUCUUGUUUAUGAGAAUGCUUAUGUGUUCUAUAGUUAUUUGUUUCCAUACUGGUGGCAUGAACAACGGUAUAUUCAAUUUUAUUUCCAUUUAAUUAUUGGUCACUGGCUUUUAAUUAAUACUGUAUUUCAUUAUUGUAUUGCCGUUAAUACAACUGGUUUUGUUUCAAAUUUAAAACUUAGUAAUGAGAUUGAACCAGAAACCGAUCGCCGUUUUACAUUGUGUAAAAAGUGUUCCCUAUAUCGUCCACCACGUAGUCAUCAUUGUCGUGUGUGUAAAACGUGUGUAGUACGAUAUGAUCAUCAUUGUCCAUGGCUUAACAAUUGCGUUAGUUAUAAUAAUCAUUAUCAUUUCUUUCUAUUCUGCAUUUAUAUGACUUUGAUAUCAGCAUAUGCAUUAUAUUUUGGACACUAUCACUUACAAAUGAAACUAUUUAACCAAAUUCUAUUACGUCUGUACGAUCCUAUUUGGAAACCUUUCUUUCUUGUUGAAACAUUGAUACCAUACGAAAACAUUAUUCAUCCAGUGGCAGGAUUUCUGAUAUUUUAUUUAUUUCUUUUCAAUCUUGUCACAAUGUUACUUGUUCUAAGUUUAACAGUAUGGCAAAUAACAUUGAUUUCAAAAGGUCAAACGUGUGUCGAAGAGAAGAUUAUGAAAGAAAACAAAAAACAAAAUCCAACAGUGUCAUAUACAAACACGUAUGAUUUAGGUUUUACUAAAAAUUGGUUCCAAUUUUUUGAAAUAGAAAAUGGUGCUGAAUUAUUACGAAUAUUAUUUAUUCCAAAAAUAUUUAAACCAAAACAUGAUGGAACAUCUUGGGUCAAAAACAAACAUAUAUAA